AUGAAGGUGACGGUGACAACGCUUAGCGACGACAGCGUCUUCGUCCUUGAUGUGAGCGAGGAGCUGGAGCUGGAGAACUUUAAGGCAUUUUGCGAGAUCGAGAGCGGUGUGCCGGCUCAUGAGAUCGUGAUCGCGUUCAACGGCCUGCCACUUAUGGACGAUAAGAAGUCGCUGCGCGAUCACGGAAUCCGUGACGGAGACGCUGUCAUCCUCCAGCACAUGCAUCAAAGUGGGAGCGACCUGAAUCUACAACCCUUCAAUAGAGCCAUUCCAAUACUGGACUUCAGUUCCAUCAGAGUUCCUGGGACCAGCAAUAAUCAGCGUCCAUCACCGAUCGCAAACAAUAGAGUACAAAAUCCUCGAAGUGAAGAUGAUCCAGCUAUGAUAAGAAACAUGUUCCUGGCUAAUCCGGAUCAGCUGGCGUUGUUGAAGCAAAAUAAUCCUAGAUUAGCUGAUGCUCUGUUGUCAGGAAAUCUCGAUAGAUUUUCGACUGUACUCAGAGAGCAGAUAGCCGCUCGGGAAGAACGACAAGCACAACGACUGAGAAUGAUGAAUGCCGAUCCCUUUGAUACCGAAGCACAACGGCUGAUCGCCGAAGAGAUCAGGCAGAAGAAUAUCGAGGCGAAUAUGGAAGCUGCGAUGGAAUAUAAUCCAGAAACCUUUGGCACCGUAGUUAUGUUGUAUAUCAAUUGUAAAGUUAAUGGAUUUCCUGUUAAAGCAUUUAUUGAUUCAGGUGCACAAACUACCAUUAUGUCCGCUGCCUGUGCCGAAAGAUGCCACAUUAUGCGCCUAGUGGACACAAGGUGGGCCGGAGUCGCUAAGGGUGUUGGAGUACAACGCAUAAUCGGCCGUAUUCACAUGGUACAAAUACAGAUCGGCAACGAUCAUCUGACAACAUCCUUCAGCGUCCUUGAAGAACAACCUAUGGACAUGCUGUUGGGUUUGGAUAUGCUUAAAAGACAUCAGUGUUGUAUCGACCUAAAAAAGAACGUCUUGAAGAUUGGGACUACAGGCACUGAAACUCCAUUUCUGGCAGAAGGCGAUUUACCAGAGUGUGCAAAAUUGAGCGGGAACAGUGAUGAAUCUUUAGAUGACCGAGAUUUCCAGCGAGCUCUAGAGGAUAGCACGAGAGAUGCUAAGAAACAGAGACAACAACAUGACGGGCAAGGCAGCAGUAAUCAAGGGUCGUCAAGACCUGCUGCCUUAGAAACUACAAUCUAUCCGCACGAUCCGUUCACGGAAGCUACGGUUAAGGAACUGGAGGCUCUGGGUUUUACCAGGGCACAAGUCAUUGCGGAAUUGCGUAGAUUUAACGGGGACAAAACGCAGGCCAUCGCUGCGCUGUUUGCGAAAGCAUUAAAAUUUUGAAUGUUAAAAAUUAUCACGUGCGAUUUAAGUCAUGCGAUUUAUUGCAAACAAAGAGACAGGCAUAGAGCGAAAUUGUGAAUAUAUGAUAGGCAAUAAAUGUGAAGGGGAUAAACAAUAUUUUAAAGCAAUUUUUAAGCACGGUUGUUAAUAGCUGUUUGCUAUACUUCUAAUUACAAUCGAUUCUCUGUUCUGUGAAAUCACUGGAAAAUCAAAUGUUUUUUAAUAUGAAUUUUUAAUAUGAAAUUUCCUACAAUUUUUACUCUUGUUAUGAUAUUUAUUUUAAUACCAUUAGAGUUGCUUUAAUAAAAUUUCACUUUCUAACAUAUGCAAUUGUAUAAAUGUAAUAAAAAAGCAUGCAUUAGAAAGGUACAAUAUUAUUUUAUAUUUGAUUAUAGCUAAUUCACAAAAUGGGGAAAAUAUAAUAUGACUCUUCAAAAUGGAGAUUUGACACAUUGGCCAAUAGUAGUGAUAUUGACAAAUUUUUAUAGUUCAGAAACAAGCUGAACAUUGGACAAUGUGCGGAUCUGAUUGAAUGAAACCGAAUGAUUCAGAAGUUCUAAAUUAAGAUCAUAAGAAGUUAUAAUCUAUUUGAGAUAUGCUUCUUUAUAUAUUUUCUUACACAUAUGUGCAAAGCCUAAUUGCAUUAUUUUCAAGUUGUGUAUGUGCGUGCGUGCGUGCGUGCGUGCGUGCGUGCGUGCGUGCGUGCGUGCUUGCGUGCGUGCGUGCGUGCGUGCGUGCGUGCGCGCACAUGCAUACAUAUAUAUACUGUUAUGAUAUAUAGCAAAAAUGGUUGGUUAAAAGAGGAAUUAAAUUGUUAUGUGACCCCUAAUACCUAACAUAAUUAAUUGCAAUAUGUAUACUUGCGAUAUAUAUACUGAAUAUCAAGAUUUAGUUUGAACAUCAUACGAUGUUACUAAAACUUGUGCAUACAUAAAUUGUGCUGAAGACAAAUCAGCAUAUAGUAAACGAUAAGAUUUUUCUACACAUCUCGAAAAAAACUAUAUAUCUUCCGCGGUAUUCUUUGUAAUUUUUCAUUUAAGUAAUGAAUGUGAACAAAUGUAUGUACAUAUAUCUAGUAUUAAUAGAUUUUAAACAAAUCAAACACAAAAUGGGGAUAGAACUUUUGCGCUAGAACAUCAACUUUAUGGUUUGAUAAUGUUUCAGAAACUCGAAUUUAUAUGACGUUGGACUCAGCUCAAACUCAGUUCCUCAUUAUUUACUGAAGAAAUGCCGACUUUGUAUAUAAAAUGAUAACAGGCGAAUAUAAAGAUUUUCCAUUUUUUUACGAAAUAUUUGUUACAAUAGCAGUUACAAUAGUAGCAAAGUGUCUUUUACACAGGUGUGUAUUCAACUUACGACAGUCGAUUUUAUAUUACUGCUUUUUUUUUUUUUUUUUGGACGUAUUUUGAGGUAUUUGGUAUGUUAUUGUAAUUUCUUUGUCAUGUAAUAAAAACAUGAACAAUAUA